AUGAGAACUGAUCUCGAAAUAUUAGUACGAAUUUUCCAAUUAUCCAGACUACCUCUUAUAGUAUGUGGAGAGGAUUGUAUUUGGGACGUACUCCAACCAGAACCCUCGCCUCAAGGUAGGGAAAUCAAAUUACGCCCAAGAAUUUGGGCCAUGACAUCGAGAAAGACUAUGGCAAUUCGAUGCGAUAUUGUGAGCUUCAUUGAGAUAGAGCUACUCGUGGCUUUCGGAGAGACUGAAAGUUUCGUCAUGGAGGGGGUAUUGGCGUGUUGA